AACUGCAUCAUCCGAAAAUCGAAAGCAAACUUGAUGAGGAAAUAAAAAAACACUAGCGAGCCGUGUUGUCCUCCGCUGCACCUGUACAUUUCUGACUUCAUUUAAAAACUUGAACUUGUGCAUUUUAUCUGUCCUCAACUUGAAACGUGUUGAGUCAUGUCAAAGACUUCAGCCCUGAAGAUCAGCAGAGCGAGUUCAGGGAAGGUGGAUGUCUUCCGCCAGGCCCUGUAUCAUGAGGCAGAGAAGCUGUUCUCCAGCUUCGUCCCUCAGAAGAUUCUGCAGCUGGACGCUCUGCUGAAGGAUGACGCUCUCAGCAUCACAGACAUGUCGUCGCUGCAGGCUCCCCUGGAGAUCCCCAUCCCAGAGCCUCCUCCUGCAGAGGACGAGGAAAUGGAGACGGAUGAGAAUGAAGAUGAUGAGAAGAAGAAGAAGAAAGCUCCAAAGUGUGGCUUCAUCAAGGGGAACGAGAAGAUCGUGAUGCUUCUGGAGCGAGUGAAGCCGGAGAUCGUUGCCUUCAGAGAGACCAUCAUCACUGUCACCUGCUGGAUUCAGCACCUCAUCCCAAAAAUAGAAGAUGGAAAUGACUUCGGGGUCGCCAUCCAGGAGAAAAUCCUGGAGAGAAUCGCUGCAGUGAAGACCAAAGUGGAAACUUAUCAGACCAACAUCAACAAGUACUUUCUUGAGAGGGGAGAUGCUGUUGCAAAAGCCUCCAAAGAGACUCAUGUGAUGGAUUACCGCUCGAUGGUCCAUGAGAAGGACCAGGCCAUGUUCUCCGAGAUCAGAGUGAUCGUUCUCGACAUCCGCGGCUUCUACGCCGAGCUCUACGACAUCGUCAGCAAGAACCUGGAGAAGGUGACCAACCCUAAAGGAGAGGAGAAACCGUCCAUGUACUGAAGAGUCGACAAUCCACUGCAUGUUUUCAACAUAAAUCAACUCAAUGCUCAAUAAUGCUGCAUAUGCAUUCCUUCAAAUUUCCUACUUAUUCUCAAAAAACAACUGGAUCAAAGUUUGAUCACUUCUGCUGUUAUGUGACACUUUGGAUUUGCACCAAGACUUGCACUAAAUUUAAACUUGUACAACUGAGAUUUAACAAAAAGGAAUAAAGAAAAGUUGUUUUUUUCAAA